AUGGGCAGCUUUAGCUUGGAAUCCUUUUUUUAAAAAAAUUUCUUGAAAUGGAGUUUUAUUCCUAUGUUUUUUAGCUUUUGCGCAUUGGAAUUCAACGUUGAAGAAUUCUCUGCUUGACGAUUUGCCCCAUUGUGUGAACUCCCUUUUUUUGCUUUAUGCUUUAGUAUUUUUAACCCAUUAGUCAGAGAAUGAAAUUUUCAAGUUUGAACGAAUGCAUCUUUUCUUACCCUUUUCCAUUUUUUCUUUUCUUUAUUUCUAGUUUAGUAUAGCAAAGCAAAUACUCCAAUGUACAUGCUUGUCUCUUUCCUUAUAGAUCUUGUGCGUUUGUGUGUGUUUGAAUGUGUUUGCUUUAUUAUAUUUUAUCCUAUUUUAGAUCUAUGGUUGCCAAGAAAAUCCCACAAAAGUAGAUGUUUAGUUGUAAAGCGUUAUCCUUUAACUUGAUUAGAGAGCUGGCUUGGUCACCGGUCCUCGGCGUGUUCAACGAGCUUGAUAUUUGACUUUGAGAAAAAGGGACCUAGAAUCUGUAUUCAAAGUCUUGUGAACCCUCCUAACUGUCUUUACUUGUCAAAUACUAUUUGAUCUGUAAAAAUUGAUUCUUGUAUGUGAAGAAGAAGAGGGUUGUUCUUUGAUUUAAAUCAGAUGGUCUGUUGUUUCCCAUUCUGAGAUAAUGGGGGGUUGUGUCUCAGUUAGUAGUCAGAGUACUUGUAGUAGCAGGAGUAAUGGAGAGAGGAUGUCUCCAUCUUGUUUGUGCAUAGAUAUGCUUAGGCGCAAGAGAAGUAGGAGGACGUUUUCCGACCAUGUCACCACUUUGCAGCAUCUCUCCUCUAUCCCUAACCGGAUGAUCACCAAUGGGAAGAGCAGCAGUUCUUGCAUAUUCACUCAGCAAGGCCGGAAAGGCAUAAACCAGGAUGCUAUGAUUGUGUGGGAAGAUUUUAUGGGAGAAGAUGUUACUUUUUGUGGCGUCUUCGAUGGCCACGGGCCCCAUGGACAUAUGGUGGCUCGUAAAGUUAGGGAAAUGCUGCCGCUAAAGAUAUCCUCUUUUAUGAACUCCUCUGAGCCGGUGACGAGUGGUUCAAGUGUGAAUUGCUGCAAUGGGAAUGUGAAAUCAGAUGUGGUAGAUCCCGUGAAGGAUGUACCUGUCGAGGAGGGAGUGGAGUCUUCGUGGAGAGAAGCUUUUCUGAAAGCAUACAAGUCGAUGGACAAAGAGUUGAGGUCUCAUCCUAAUUUGGAUUGCUUCUGCAGUGGCAGUACGGCUGUGUCGGUUAUAAAACAGGGUCAGAAUCUUUUCAUUGGCAAUAUUGGUGAUUCGAGAGCUAUAUUGGGAUCUAAAGAUAGCAACGAUUCGAUGGUGGCAAUCCAAUUGACAGUCGAUCUAAAGCCUGAUCUUCCUAAGGAAGCAGAGAGGAUAAAGAGGUGUAAAGGUCGAGUCUUUGCUUUACAAGAUGAGCCUGAAGUGCAACGAGUUUGGCUUCCAUUUGAUGAUGCUCCUGGCUUAGCAAUGGCUCGAGCAUUUGGAGAUUUUUGCUUAAAGGAAUAUGGAGUUAUCUCCAUCCCUGAAUUCUCCCAUUGGACUCUCAGUGACCGAGACAAAUUUGUCGUUCUGGCAUCAGAUGGGGUAUGGGACGUCCUGAGCAACGAGGAAGUGGUCGAGAUAGUAUCAUCGUCCCCAGCAAGGUCCUCCGCUGCUCGGAUCCUAGUUGAGCAUGCUGCCCGCGAAUGGAAAGCCAAGUAUCCAACAUCAAAGAUGGACGACUGCGCUGUGGUCUGCUUAUUCCUAGAUGGGAAGAUGGAUACUGAGUCCGACAAUGAGGAGCAGAGCUUCUCAUCGGCGACCCUCCAGAGCAACCACUCGGGCAAUGUCUUGGAAUCAGACGACGGCCAGCACUCCGAGCCGUGCCUGCAGCGGAACUUCACCGUCAGGUCUUCGGAGGACAACGAGCACAACAGCAGGGUGCCGGUUGGCGAGGAUCAGAACUGGUCGGGUUUGGAAGGCGUGACGAGAGUGAACUCUCUUGUUCAACUUCCCAGAUUCUCCGAAGAAAGGCCGAGGCCGUAGCGACGUCGUUUUGAUUGAACGUCUUUGUAGUAGCGCUGUCUGAAAAACCCAAGAAAUAUUGGUUUUUUUUACUACUAUAAGAUUUGAUCAAAUAGUAUUUAUGGUUCUUGCAUAUAUUUUGAAAAGUUGAAAUUUAUCUGUUAUUUUUUCA